AUGGUGUGUGUGAAGGCUGCCAAUUUGGAAAACAGCACAAAAAUGUUUUUCCAAAGAAUCAAGCUCAAAGAGCAAGCAUCUCACUUGAGCACCAAAUAUUUUAUGUUGAUCAUUGAUGACUUCACAAGGAUGAUUUGGCUCUAUUUCUUAAGAAACAAGUAUGAAGCUUUCAAUUGCUUCAAGAAAUUUAAAUCCAUGACUGAGUUGCAGUCUGGACACAAGGUGAAAUGUUUGAGGAGUGAUAGAGGUGGAGAAUUUCUAUCUUCUGAGUUUGUACAAUUUUGUGAAGAUCAUGACAUUCAAAGGCAGCUCACAAUGGCCUACACUCCUCAGCAAAAUGGAGUGGUAGAAAGGAAGAACAAAACAGUAGUUGAAAUGGCCAAAUGUCCUAACAAGGCCUUGAACAAUGUCACACCCUUUGAGGCUUAUAGUGGAAGAAAGCCUGGUAUUACUCAUCUAAAAGUCUUUGACUCCUUAUGUUAUGUUCAUGUGCCUAAUGAACUAAGGCAUAAACUCGAGCUUAAGAGUGUGAAAGGAGUGUUUGUGGGAUAUGCAACUUGUGAGAAAGGAUAUAGGAUCUUUGAUCCAAUCUCCAAGAAACUUACAUUGUCAAGAGAUGUCACCUUUGAUGAAGAGGGAUCUUAG